AUGGGACUACUGUGCGAUGAUAGGGAAUUCAUUGCAGCUAUUAAUGAGGUAGCUGAACUUGCAUCUGGUCAUCAAUUGAGAAAAUUAUUUGCGAUGCUACUGAUAUCUAAUAGCAUUAGCAACCCAGAGCGUGUUUGGAAUGCAACUUGGACAUUAUUGGCUGAUGGAAUACUAUAUGAGAGGAGAAAAGCUUUGAAAAACCAAGGACUAAACAUGACUGAUGACGAAUUGAAAAACCUCUGCCUUAUUGAGAUUGAGAAGAUACUCAACAGCAAUGCGAGAUCUUUAAGAGACUAUCAAUCAAUGCCAUAUUCUGAGAUGUCUCAUGUUCGCCUUUUUCAGAAUAAGCUAAUAGAGGAGGAGUUAGCAUAUGACACAAAUGAGUUGACUCAUACAAACUUAUAUACAGAACAAAAGAUGACUCAUGAACAAAGGUUAGUAUUUAAUGAGAUAUUCAAUGCUGUUGUUACAGACUCUGGUGGUUUUUACUUCGUUUAUGGGCAUGGUGGGUGUGGAAAAAUUGUUUUAAAUGUUGCAUCCAGUGGAAUUGCUUCUUUACUCCUACCUGGUGGCCGAACGGCUCAUUCUAGAUUUUUAAUACCCAUUACAACUACUGAUGAAUCUACUUGCAACAUCAAGCAUGGCAGUUUGAAGGCUGAGCUGCUCAUCCAAAGUAGCUUAAUAAUUUGGGAUGAAGCUCCAAUGCUCAAUAAAAUGUGCUUUGAAGCACUUGAUCGGACGCUCAGGGAUCUUAUGUCAGUUACCGAUCAACAUAAGACACAUCAACCAUUUGGUGGUAAGGUUGUUGUUCUAGGAGGUGAUUUCAGACAGAUACUUUCGGUGAUUCUGAAAGGAAGUAGACACGAUAUAUUGGCAUCCGCUAUUAACUCAUCCCAUCUGUGGUCAUUUUGUAAGGUUCUGAAACUGCAUACGAAUAUAAGGCUUCUAAUGUCUUCUUUGGAUCAAGAUGAAGGUGAAAUGAAGAGAUUUGCUAAUUGGAUACUUGAUGUUGGAAAUGGAAAUAUUGGCUCUGUUGUUGGUGAUGAAUCAGAAGUUGAAAUUCCAAAUGAUCUAUUGAUUACAGCUACUGAUGACCCUCUCUCUCAUUUUGUAGACUUUGCAUAUCCAAAUUUGUUGCAAAACAUGUCAGAUUACAGAUAUUUUCAGAGUAGGGCAAUUCUUGCACCCACGCUUGAGAGUGUCGAGAAGGUAAACGAUUUUGUCUUGACAAUCUUUCCAGGGAUGGAAAAGGAGUAUUUGAGCUCUGACACAACAUGUCAAGCUGAUGAGAAUGAAGAUGUACAACAAGAGUGGUUCACACCAGAGUUCCUAAAUGACAUCAAAUGUUCGGAACUACCCAAUCACAAGUUGACUUUGAAACCAGGAGUCGCUGUAAUGCUACUGCGAAACAUAGACCAGACUUCAAGUUUAUGCAACGGGACAAGAUUAAUAGUUAACGAACUUAGCAGCAAUGUAAUUGGAGCGACGGUAGUGACCGGUAGAAAUAUUGGAGAUAAAGUGUACAUUCCAAGAAUGAACUUGAUCCCUUCAGAUUCAGGAUUGCCAUUUAAGUUCCAACGGAGACAAUUUUCAUUGACAGUAUGCUUUGCAAUGACCAUUAACAAGAGUCAGGGUCAAUCAUUAUCACAUGUAGGACUUUAUUUGCCAAAAUCAGUGUUCACUCAUGGACAACUUUAUGUUGCUUUGUCAAGAGUUAAGAGUCGCAGUGGCCUCAGGGUUUUAAUUCUAGACGAAGACGGCAAUCCAAAGUCAUCAACAACAAAUGUCGUGUUCAAAGAGAUUUUUAAUAAUAUUUAG